CUCCACUCUCCAGCACCAGAGGGUUUGUUGCUGCUUGAGAGCGGGAGUGUGGAAGACUAAAACAUGAAAGUCUUCGUGGCUUUAGCCUGCAUUCUGGCAUGCUGCCUGGCCCAGGCACCUCACCCAUGCAGAACUCCUCCUUUUCUGACCGGGGCCCUCACCGUGUCCACACAGAAUGAGAAGCUGUGGGCCUAUGCCAACUAUGAGUAUGAUGCAUUCGGAAGGCGCCUGCGACUAACUGAGAUUGCCAACUACGAGAAUAAGACACUCACCAUUGAUUUACUUAUGCUCUACAGAGAGGCUGCCAUGUAUGAGAUUGACACCAAAACUCGGACAUGCAAGAAACUGCCUCUGAAAGAGGACUUCCAUCCUUGGGAAAUCCCCAAAAGUGCAUCUCUGGUGGGCCAGGCUGUUCUGGGCAGCUCCUCUGGACCUGGACAGGGACUUCUGGUCAACACUUGGAUAGGAGAUCUUCCACAAGGAGGAGGGAAGUUCGUAUGCACAGUCACUGAAUUCGGAUGCAUUCCUGUCAACACGGUGUACCACACUGACCAGUUUGGAUGGAUGGUGACAAGCCUCUUCAACAACGUCAUUGGGAUCACAGACCCCGGUAAGCUCGACCUUCCGGACUUUUGCCAGAGCGCAGAGAUCGAGACCGGCAGUGAAGACGAGCCAGACAGCUUCCUCAAGUUGUUCCAUAAGAAGCAGUGAGGGCCUCCUUUUUAGCUGCCUCUGAUUUUUAAACCAAACAAGUGGAGCUACAGAAUCAUAGCUUCGUCAUGUUCUAUAUGUCACAUUUAUUCCUGCUAAGAACAUCAUUUCAAGCAUCUUGGACUUUGCAUCUCAGACAAAGUGUAAAGUUGCACCAAGAAAUGUUUUUGCAUUGGCAAUAAAUCAAAAACAUACAACCAUCUUCUGUUUUCGACGGAUCAAUAAAUCAAUGAAAAAUCCAAGUAUACUAGUAACAAAUGCA